AAUAGAAUCACCAGCUGUAGGGUUUGCAAAACCGAGUGACUAUCAGGGAGCUAAUUCCUCGUUAGCCACUAUUAUCAAGCAAAAUAAUACCCAAAUACAAUUGCUAGUCCAGAUCUCUGAAAAAUUAGAAGAAAUUCAAACCAGCAUCUCUACCCUUGAACGAUCAAAACAAAAAUCUCAACAACCUUUACCUGAAGACAUUAUCACAAAACUUCAAAACCUUUCUUUAGGAAGUUCAAGUAAGCCAAAAGAAACGAUAGGAAAACUAAGGGUUUUCAAAGAUCUUUAUUCUAUAUUAAAGCAGGAACAGGCUAAACUCAAGAAAUAAUGGCUCAACAACAAACAGGAGCUAACACUUCUCAGAGUAGCUCUAUAAUACAAGCACCUUUAUUUGAAGAUCAAAUCAGGGAGUAUAGACAAACCCAACGAAGGUUACACAACACUAAAAGAGUCGUACAACGCUUGGGACGAAGGAUUACAGGGAGGCCUUCCCCUGUUUAUACAAUUGAACAACAGUUAGAUCCACAAGCAAAAUUGCAAUCAUCCAUGACUGAACGGGCUUCCAUAGUUCCGGCAGAAGUAUUAUAUCAUUCAAGAAGGGACGAUGAGCAUCAUCGUGUGUAUAUGCACAGAUCUGAAGAACCCCUUCUAGUAAUCAACAAUAAUCAAGUUGAUCGGAAUUUUAUACAAGAAGAUAGUUUCCGACAACUCCAAAGAAGUCAUAUGCAGUACAUACACUUAGGAAUCCUUCAGAUACGCAUUCAAACACUCCAUCGACAGGAAGGAGUACUGGCACUGAUUAUUUUUCGAGACAAUCGAUGGAUGGGAGAUCAAUCCAUAUUGGCUACUAUGGAGGUGGACUUAACUAGAGGCAGCCAAAUGAUAUAUAUUAUUCCUGAUAUUAUGAUGACAAUCAAUGACUUCUACAGGAAUAUACAGUUAUCCAUUCUUACAAGAGGUUAUGAUCAAUGGCAAAGCGGGGAGGCAAAUCUUCUUAUCACAAGAGGAAUGGUGGGUCGUCUCUCUAAUACCCCAAAUACAGGUUUUGCUUAUGAAAUUCGAGUGGUAGAUUAUCUCACCAGCCAUAGCAUCAGGGCAUUACCUGGAAGGCGCUAUUCUACUACCCCAUUACUAGGGUUGGACUGGGUAAUACGACCAACACAAAUAUGUAUUCCCAUACAACCAAUGGAGGUAAACAGUCGAAAUUUAGUGGAUGGCAGAAUAUCUGUUAGCUUUACUAACUAUACUGCAGCUCGAGAACAAAAUGAUGAAAUUGAGCACGAGCUUCUGGCAGUCUUGAAAGAAAAAGCCAUCAAAGUUAAUUAUGAGGAUGAUCCAACACAAUAUCCUGAAGCUUCAAAUCAAGAAAGUUUUCCUUAUAUACUAGUUCAUAAGUUAACUAGUAUAGCAGUGAUGAUGAAGAAUAAAACCUCUGGAGCAGCAGGUUUUGACCUUGUCGCUGACCAAAGCAUUAUUAUAGAACCCAGAGGACGAGCCUUAGUUCCAACAGGGCUUAGCCUGAAAAUUCCAUGGGGAACCUAUGGAAGAAUUGCAGCUCGAUCCAGCAUAGCUUGGAAACUCGGGCUUAACAUUGGAGCUGGAGUAAUAGACUCAGAUUAUCGAGGUGAAUAUUUGUUUUACUUUUUAAUCAUUCUGAUGAAAGGGUUUUUAUCCCACAGGGUAUGUCAAUAGCACAAAUAAUCUUUGAACAAAUUAUUCACCCAAAUAUCUAUGAAGUUACUCAGCUGUCAACCACUAAUAGAGAAAUUGGUGGGUUCGGAUCUACAGAUGUCCAAUCAUCCACAGGAAGUAAUUCUAAAAAGAAAAAAUCAAAAUCAAAGGCUAAAUAUUCUACCGGACGAUGGGAUACCUUGGGUCAACCAAGUGGGAAGUUUGACUAUUAUGUUAAUUAUGAUAUUCCCAAAGCUCUUCCGGAUUUGGAACUACCCCCACCUUCAUGGGAUGACGAAGUGGUUGAGGAAUCUAAACCAAAUUUGGAUGUGCAACUACCGAAAGAGAAACAUGCGUUAUCUGCAUUCUUGGAAGAGGAAGCUCUGUCACCAAAGGAAGCAUCUAAAGACCUUGCAGGGACUACAAGCCCAUGGGCCUCUGUACCCCGGUCCAAGGACCCUUUUGAUGAUAUUCCGGAGGAAGAUAGUAAUUUCUCAUAUAUUCAAUAUUUGGCACAAUUAUCUCAACCAAAGGAUGCACAAUUAUCUCCACCAAAGGACGUAAUAUGGGAUUCUUAUGAAGACAUUGAAGAAUUUGGUAAUCCUUUUGCCUCUGAAUCUUCUCAACUCUUAGCAACAGGCUAUGAAAUGGAAUACCCGAUAUUACGGAACUUAAUAAAUUCCAUACCAAGGCAAGAAGCAAAUCAACAAAUAUACUCAACAAGUACAGUAGUUUCGCCCUAUCAGCCACCUGCUGAUAUAGCUAUGGGGCUACCGGGAUAUCCUCCAACAGUACAAGAUGCAGGCCCAGCUACACAGCAGCCAUCCACACAGCCCAUAUUUCGAAACCCAAAAUUCCAAAGAAAUCGAAAUACUGAAAUGUGGACUCUUCCUUCCGCACAACAAAGAGGAGCAAUUUUUGUUAUACCAGAGCAGCUGGGAUUAUUUCAAGAUGUUUUCUCUAGAUGGGAAUCGAUAACUUUAAAUCAUGUUGCUGCUCAAGGAUUUACUGAUCCAGCAGAAAAGAUUGAAUAUAUGGAGAACCUGCUAGGAGAAAUGGAAAAAUUAAUCUGGAUACAAUGGCGAAUGACAUAUUCUAAUGAAUAUGAUGCCCUUAUUCAAGCAGCAGACGGAAGGCGCCGAACUCAAAAUAUACUAUCUCAAAUGAGGAGGGUCUUUUCAUCAGAAACAACUGUGAUUCAGGAUGAGGCCUACCGAGAUUUAGAAAAACUCUCAUGCGACAAUAUGAAAAAUAUUCUCCAAUACAUGAAUGACUAUAUGCGUCUUGCAUCAAAAACAGGUCGCUUAUAUACAGGACCUGAAUUAUCAGAAAAAUUCUGGUUCAAAAUGCCUAGAGAUCUUGGUAAGCGAAUUAAGGAAACUGUCGAUGAAAAAUAUAAGGGACUAACAGUUGGUGUUAUUCCUAGGGUAUUAUUUGCAUAUAAAUUUUUGGAACAGGAAUGCAAGGAUGCUGCUUUCAAAAGAUCAUUAAAAGAUCUUUCCUUUUGCAGUCAAAUACCCAUCCCAGGUAUUAUAAGGGAUCAGGAGGAUCAGGAAUGACGAAAUAUGGCCUCCGAAGGAGCAGGACUUAUAAAGGGAAACCACACGAUACCCAUGCGCGAGUAGAAAAACGUAAGCAUUUAUUAAAAAAUAAGAAAUGCAAAUGUUAUCUUUGUGGACAGGAAGGCCAUUUUGCAAGGAAUUGCCCAAAUGAUAAAAAAAGCAGCAAAAGAGUUGUCAUGUUUGAGGAACUUGAUAUUCCUGAUGACUGUGAAAUACUGUCAAUACAAGAAGGAGAAAACUUAAGUGAUGCCAUUUAUAGUAUUUUAGAAGGAGAAGAAACAAAUGAUCUACAAAGAUCAAUACAAACCUUGGUACUCUCUGAAAAUAUUUUUAUGCUGGGGCAAAUAGAUGGAGGUUAGAGGCCACAAAUUAAAGUAACAGAUCAGCAGUAUGAGUGUGCUCACCAAUGGAUAGCCAAUGGGGACACUUAUCCCCCACAACCAACAAAAUGCAUGGGAUGCCAACGAGACACACAAAAGAGGGCACGAAUUCAUUGCCCAAAUUGUUUAAUCACCUCAUGCAAUUUAUGCAGUCUAUAUUAUUUUGGACAAAAGGUACCUAUAUUACCUCCCUCCUCUACGCCUUUCUUCCCUAACAAAUUGUUACAGGAACAACAAAAAUACAUUUUAUGGUGUGAAGCUGAGAUGGAAAGGCUACAGCAAGAAGUAACCUAUUAUAAAAAGCUUUAUGAGGAGAUGGUUCUGGAACAUGAUCUACAGCACGACUUUAAUAAUCUUGCAAACACUCAUAUUGAGGAAGAUGAUGAGGAUAAUAUACAACUUGCACAUGUUCUUUUUACUGAAGCAACGGAAAAGAUCUCGACAGUACAAGGAGGUAAAAAUCCUUGAUUAGUUAAAAAUUUGCUGUAUAAUCUGCAAGUGGAAAUUGAUAUUCCAGGAAUUCCUAAGUUCACCCUAAAGGCAAUCUUAGAUAUUGGCGCUACAACUUGCUGUGUUGAUCAGCAUUCCGUACCAAGAAAUGCUCUUGAAGAAAAUUCAUUUUUGGUACAUUUUUCUGGAAUCAAUUCUCAGCAAAUAGCAAGAUUAAAAUUAAAGCAAGGAAGGAUGAUGAUUGGUGACAACAAUUUCCGAAUACCAUACACAUACAGUUUUCCUAUGGCAUUGGGAGAUAAGAUCCAAAUGAUUAUUGGCUGUAACUUUAUUCGAGCAAUGAAUGGGGGAGUUCGAAUAGAAGGCCAGGGAGGUCAAAUGUUAGGCAUGGAAGUUCAAGAGGUCUUCGCAUGAUGGAAGUCCAAGUAAACCAAAGAGUUUGGACACUUGGUGAUCCUAUCUGAAAAAAAAAAAGACGACGUGCUGGGCACGAUGGCUAGAUUGUUGGCCGGGAGAAGACUUCUUACUCCAUAGAGAGGCUUCCUUUCGAUCCUGCGCAUGUUCAUAUGAGCAAACAAAACAUGAAUGCUCAAAAACCAGGAGAGGGAGUCCCUGGCAAAAGCCCUCCGACGUUCAAACCAGUACAAUUCCUAAAGGAUGAAUGAUGCACAAUAAAGAAUGUGCGCGCAAGAGUAAGCUUCAGAUAUUCAGAGAAUGUACCUUGCCAACGGAGAGGACCCCCUUUAUAUAUCACCUCUUAUAACCUCCGUAAUCAUGAGGUGGCUUCGAAUGUUAGAGGUUGUUGGGUAAUGGAAAGUGUACAACCUAGGCAACGUGUAAUAAUUAUCCGAGAAAUUUUCCAUUUACCCAUAUGUAUACCUCUUUUGUUGUUUAUACCUUAUGUCGUUGUUAAGGCCGUUGAAAGAAUAUGCAGUCAUAAGUGAUCAGUUGAUAAGAGACACAAUAAUCCUUCGAGAAGGUUCUAACAGAAUAUUCUCUGACAUGUGGUUGUUAAAAUUCUUUGCUCAUCUUGUCGGCUGAGUAUAUCUCGACCGACCUAUAAGGUCAACCGUCUUUAUGUUUGUCCUCGUAUUAAGAUGCUUUGUUAUGUAUUGAAUACUAUUAGAAAUCCGUUUGGACAAUAAUAUAAUGCAUUGGACGUAUUGGAAAUCCAUGUUGGGAGAUAAUAUAAAGCUAGGUACCGUAGGCCCGGUCGACAUUUUGUCUGGCUGGGUUUAUAAGGAGAGUCACCUUACACUGGUGUGUAUAAGAGAUGGGUAUGGAGUCAUAUGAACCUCUCCGGCCCCAUGAUCAAAUGGAUACGCAGGCGUAUAGUCCCGUGGAAACCCGUAGGGUUGAACUGUAAUAGGGUCAACUGGGUGUGUGUAGGGAGAUUUAUAAGAAUCGAGGAGAUUAACCCUUAUAUUGACUAGACCUAUGGCGGGUCGAUUAUGAGAUGGGUCGGACAUUUCGGCCAAACUUAUAAGAUUGAUCUUCUUUAAACCCAAUCAGGCAUGUUAUCUUUUCAGUUUAAGAGUAAUGCACUAAACCCUUUAUGUUCGGUCGGCUUAAGGGUCGGUCCACCCUCUCCCGAACAGCUUGUAAUCCGGUCGGGCUAGGCGCACAACCAAGCCAGGUGAGGAAUGCUCUUUUCCCUUUACUUUGAUCGUCACGUCACCUUGACUUUGACCGGCACAUCAUCUUCUGGUCCACUCGUUACAUCCCGUAUCACUAACCUCCCAUUCAAUCUAGUCGAAGGAGGUGUAGCCGACUGGCUGGACCCAAGUUCUAUUUUUCGUCUGUUCGCCCCUUUUACUAGAGUCGUCCAAAAAAUUCCUAUUUUCCUUUACGCCUUGGACGCUUUGUAACAUUUUUUUAAAAACUUCUUGUCAUAGACGCAUUGUGUAGAAGGGGGUACCGAGGACGCACGGAGAGACGCUUUGGCAACAGAAUGAUUUGAUUGCCAUCAUAAAUGCCUAUUUAUGGGUGAAUGUCAUAUGGCACCACUCCUCGUUCUUUGAAAUGGCCUCUGAUGCACGCUUCUUCGUAUGUACGUUGACAUAAGCAAGUAAAUUUUGGAGUUUUCUAACAUCGGCCUUAUUCUCCAAAGCAAUAAAUUAGGACGUUGACAUCAAAGUUCUGCCUAUUAAUCAUGCAGUUUCAUAUGUAACUGACAGAAGCAUCAAAUCAACAAUAAUAAUUACAAGA